UGUCCGACCCGCUCCAGUAGGCACCUGUUGCUGAGUCUGUCACGUCAGAGCGGUUUGUGCCAGCAGUCCUCGGUUCAACUUCAGAAACAGAAGUCAGAAUGCCAGAGGUAUCUACCCAGACCACGGUUUCCCUCGAUGAAGGACGAAACAAUGAAAUCGGCCAACGUCUGAUGGGAACGCUGAACGAUUUCCAGCAGAUGGUCGAAAGGUACAAAAAGAUCGCUGACGACUUCUACUCAGAACAAGGCAGGGAAACUGGUAGAGCAUGCGCAGAUCAUCUCCCACCGGGCAGCGUUUGGGACCAGAUCGCUGCCGCCAUUAGCAGAGCAUGGGACUUCGUUCGGCAGCAUCCUAUCAUCAUGGACGGGGCUAUCAACGCUAUUGUGAAGUUGCUGGAGGGGGCAGGGCGGUACAUGGACGUCCAGAUCGUCCGUCUCUUCAUGGGAGAAAUCGCGAAGAUGAUCCCGAACACUAAGGAUUACAAAGAAGAGCUGACGUCCAUCAUCGACUGUCUGAAUCUCUGUGAGCAGAAGAUGACACAGAUAGAGGACGAUGUCUCUAAGGUAACAUCUCUGUGUGACCGCAUCCUGGAGUGUAACGGCCAGAAAAAGUCUCUCCAGCGGGAGUUUGACACAGCCACGCGCCGUGCAGACGAGGAGAUGACAAACUGCCAUAAGCGUCUGAAGAAGGCAGAGAAAAAAAUCAACAACCUGGUGGAGAAGGUCAAGGUCAGGAAGAGGGAUGAAGGCGCAGGAAUGCCCCGAAUGGCAAAGAUUGGAGGAGGAGCGAUGUUGUUGGCUGCAGGUGGCACGGGACUGCUCCACUGGUACAAGGCACUGACGCCUGGGCGGUCAUCGGCACUAGUCAGUGUCGCCAUUGUCGGUGCCCUCGUGGUGGUUCGGGCAAGUGCAGAACAAGUGGGCUACAAAAAGCUGCUGAAGGAGCUGCAGGGUCUCCAGAAGAAGAAGGAAGACUUGGAGAGCAGCCUGCAGGAGUUGAGUAGGAAGCUGGAGUCCGAGGCCAGCGCGGUGGAAAAGUUGAGGAGGGAGAGAGACGCCCUCAUGUCACCGGAUGAGCUGGACGAUUGAUCCCCGUGGUGUUGCUGAACAACAACCCAUAGCUAACAUUU